CACGCAGAGAAAAACACGAAAGGAGUGCGAAAACUCAACACGAAAAAGGAGAUUCUUUGCAUGACCCACAAUUCGAAAACUUUUAUAUAUUCCCCUCCUUUUUUUACAUGCAAAUGCAUGCCAUAUAUUUGAUUCUCCAUUCAUUUCUCCACCCUGUUUUUUUUUUUGAAAGAAACCACCUUUAAUUUAUUCCAAGUUUUCUCCGUUCACCAUUCUUCAACCAUGGAGAAACCGAGAGUGACAGAGAUAAGAGUCAGAAUGGAUUGCAAUGGCUGUGUUCAGAAGAUCAAGAAAGCACUAAACGGCAUCACAGGUAUAUACGAUCUAUACGUUGAUUUCCCUCAGCAAAAAAUAACAAUAAUCGGGUGGGCCGAUCCCGAAAAAAUCGUCAAAGCCAUCAAGAAAACAAGAAAAAGCGCAAUCAUAUGUUCGCACACCGAACAACCCGAUCAACCAACAUCCGAGCCGCCACCACCACCACCACCACCCGAAGGUGGUGGCACAGCCGAAGGAGAAGGAGGAGCACCACCGCCAGAAUCCAACAAGCCGCCCACAGAACAUCAACAACAACAACAACAACAACAACAACAACAACAACAACAAACAGAUCAAUCACCACCACCACCACCAUCAGCAGAGCCACAAAAAGACUCACCACCACCACCACCACCGCCAGAUAAUCCACAUCUAUCUAAUGCAAACCCUUCCCCUGAAUCGACUAACGACACAACAAGUCAACCCUCUAACAAACCUAGGGACGCGGAACAAAUUCAUGUGGUGUACCAUCACCCACCGGAUUACGGACACCGCUACGCCUACGGUGGACAAUGGAACGGCUAUCCAGGUGGGCCAGGAUUCGGAGGGGACCCACAUCCACAACCACAACCACAACCACCUCAACCGAUGUACGUGAAUCACAGCUACAACACGUACAAGCCAUCGCCUUACGUAACCGAAUACGCGUAUCCCAAUUCGCAACCACAGUACUCACAUUACACUAGGCAAGAACAAUAUAACAGCCAUGUUUAUCAGCCGCAACCGGUGUAUUCGCAUUACGGUAGACCAGAUCAAUACAGCUCGGCUUAUUACAGCGGGAACUACAACAACGGCAACAACAACGGCAGCGGCAAUGGCAAUGGGAAUAUUACAUCAAUGUUCAGUGAGGAAAAUCCAAAUGCAUGCACUAUAGUAUAAGUUAUUACAUGGAAACUUGAUACAAAAGAAAUAAGAGAACAAUAAGCAAUUUAAUGGAGAUUAUAAGUUUGUUGUUAUAAGUUUUGACUAAUUACUAUUUAGUACUCUGCAGUGUGGAAGCAUAUAUCUCAAUAAAGCUGUUUGUAAUUCCUCAAUUCAGACAGGCUCUUGUGUGUUCUUAAACAAGUGUACGAAAAUGAGACAAGGCAAACAGUCUACCAAUAGUUAAUUUUUUUUUCCACAAAAAUUGUAUUUUUAUUUGUUUAGUAUUAUUAUGUAUUGUGUUU